GGCGGGCUCGGCUGCGGGCGGCGGAGGCCGCGGGCCCCGGCGCGGCCCCGCGGCGCCAGGCGCGGCCUCCCGCCGCCGCUCGCCCCGCCCCGCCGCUGCCCGAAUCAGUGGGAGGAAGAUGGCGGCGCUCAUUCCCCUCAGCCAGCAGCUUUCUACUGGGAAUCCGUUAUAUGAAACUUAUUACAAACAGGUAGAUCCAGCAUACACAGGGAGAGUUGGAGCAAGUGAAGCUGCGCUGUUUCUUAAAAAAUCUGGUCUCUCUGAUAUUAUCCUUGGAAAAAUAUGGGAUUUGGCUGACCCAGAAGGUAAAGGGUACUUAGACAAACAGGGUUUCUAUGUCGCGUUGCGCCUCGUAGCAUGUGCACAGAACGGCCAUGAUGUUAACCUGAGCAGUCUGAACUUGACUGUGCCACCUCCUAAAUUUCAUGACACUAGCAGUCCCUUACUGAUGACGCCACCUGCAACAGAGACUCACUGGGCUGUUAGGGUGGAAGAAAAAGCAAAGUUUGAUGGUAUUUUUGAAAGCCUUUUGCCAGUAAAUGGUUUACUUUCAGGAGACAAAGUAAAACCAGUACUGAUGAAUUCAAAGCUACCUCUUGAUAUCCUAGGAAGGGUCUGGGAUCUCAGUGAUAUUGACAAAGAUGGUCACCUGGACAAAGAUGAAUUUGCUGUGGCAAUGCAUUUGGUUUAUAGAGCUCUCGAGAAAGAGCCAGUUCCUUCCAUAUUACCGCCUUCUCUCAUACCACCUUCCAAAAGAAAGAAGACAGCUGUAUUUCCUGGUGCAGUUCCUGUUCUUCCUGCAAGUCCUCCGCCAAAAGAUAGCCUACGUUCUACCCCCUCUCAUGGUAGUGUGAACAGUCUGAAUAGCACAGGCAGUUUGUCUCCCAAGCACAGCAUCAAACAAGCACAGCCAUCUGUGAAUUGGGUAGUACCGCUGUCUGAUAAAGUGCGAUACGAUGAUAUUUUCUUAAAAACAGACACAGACAUGGAUGGUUUUGUGAGUGGCCAAGAAGUAAAGGAUAUUUUUAUGCAUUCAGGUCUGUCCCAGAGUCUCCUAGCACAUAUAUGGGCUUUGGCAGAUACAAGACAGAUGGGAAAGCUAAGCAAAGAUCAGUUUGCACUAGCAAUGUAUCUCAUUCAGCAGAAGGUCAGUAAAGGGAUUGAUCCUCCACAAGUGUUGUCCCCAGAUAUGAUCCCUCCCACAGAGAGGAACACUCCCAUACAGACUCUGUCAGGUUACUUGACCCCUGUAGGAACUGAGAUCUCAGCACUAACAGAAAUGCGUCGUGAUAGUUCAAGCUCUGUUGGAUCAGGAGAAUUUACAGGAGUGAAGGAACUUGAUGAUAUUAGUCAAGAAAUUGCACAGCUGCAGAGAGAAAAAUAUUCCCUAGAGCAGGACAUUAGGGAAAAGGAAGAAUCAAUCAGACAGAAGACCAACGAAGUUCAGGAACUGCAAAAUGAUUUAGAUAGGGAGACAAGUAACUUGCAGGAGCUAGAGACUCAGAAACAAGAUGCCCAGGACCGCCUGGAUGAAAUGGACCAGCAGAAAGCCAAACUGAAAGAUAUGCUGAGUGAUGUAAGGCAGAAAUGCCAGGAAGAAACACAGGUGGUGAGUAUUUCCUCACUGAAAAUGCAGAUUCAAUCUCAGGAAUCAGAUUUAAAAACGCAGGAAGAUGAUCUUAAUAGAGCAAAAGCAGAGCUGAAUCGCCUCCAGCAAGAAGAGACUCAGCUAGAGCAGAGUAUCCAGGCUGGAAAGGUGCAACUUGAAACAAUAAUUAAAUCUUUAAAAUCAACACAGGAAGAAAUAAAUCAGGCAAGAAGUAAACUUUCUCAACUUCAAGAGAGUCAUCAAGAAGUCAAUAAGAGUAUAGAACAAUAUAAUGAAGCUCUCAAUGGGAUUCACGGUGGUAGCCUGACGAAUCUAGCAGACAUAAGUGAAGGCCUUGCACAGACGGAAAGAAGCAAUUAUGGAGCUAUGGAUGAUCCAUUUAAGAAUAAAGCCUUGAUGUUUACCAAUAAUGCACAAGAACUGCAUACAGACCCAUUCCAAUCAGAAGAUCCUUUCAAAUCUGAUCCAUUUAAAGGAGCAGACCCUUUCAAAGGCAGUGACCCAUUCCAGCAUGAUCCUUUUGCAGAACAACCACCUGCUCCAGCAGAUCCAUUUGGAGGCGAUCCAUUUAAGGAAAGUGACCCAUUUCGUACUUCAGCCCCUGAGGAUUUCUUCAAGAAGCAGGUGAAGAGUGACCCAUUUACCUCAGAUCCAUUCACAAAACCCCCCACUUUACCCUCAAAGCCUGACCCUUUUGAAAGCAGCGAUCCUUUUACGUCUUCCAGUAUCUCUUCAAAAGGCCCAGAUCCAUUUGGAACAUUAGAUCCCUUUGGAAGUGGUGCUUUCAGUAGCAGUGAGGGAUUUGCAGACUUCAGUCAGAUGUCAAAGUCAGUAGCAUCAGAUCCCUUCACCUCCUCCUUUGGAGGAGUGGGUUUCUCGGAUGACCCUUUCAAAAGUAAAUCAGACACACCAGCAUUACCACCGAAGAAAAAUGUCCCUCCACGGCCCAAGCCACCCAGUGGUAAAAGUACUCCUGUAAGCCACCUUGGGUCUUCAGAUUUUCCCAAGCCCCAUGAUCCAUUCCAGCCAUUUGGGGCUGACAGCAGUGACCCGUUUCAAAGUAAAAAGGGGUUUGGGGACCCAUUUAGUGGAAAAGAUCCAUUUGCUCCCUCCUCUUCAAGUAAAACUUCUAAAGACUCUUCCUUGGGGUUUGCAGACUUCAGCUCUUUUGGAAAUGAAGAACAGCAGCUGGCGUGGGCAAAGCGUGAGAGUGAAAAAACAGAGCAAGAAAGACUAGCUCGAUUGCGGAGACAAGAGCAAGAAGACCUUGAGUUGGCUAUUGCACUCAGUAAGGCUGAUAUGCCAAGCUCUUAAAUAGAAGUUCUUUGGCUCUACCCUGUCCAAGUGAAACCUUUAAACAUGGCUUUUAUAAAAGUACUAAAUUCUUGUUUUAUGUUGUGAAAAUAAUUCUAGUCACCUUCAACUCUAAGCAAGACGGGCUGGUUAUAUCAAGCUGGGCUCUGUGUGGCUUCUCAAGUGCAUAAUAUACGGGAAACACUGUAUAAGAUGUAUUAUAUGUUCUAGGUAAAAUUUACUGCUUAUAAGAAAUUUAACGUAUGAUCCUAAGAUAUUGAAAGCAAAAUUUCUUUAUCUUGAAGACAAUGUUGCAUACAGUAAACUGCAACUUGUGAAUCUGGCUUUUUAUUACCCAAAUUACAUUGUUUUUUGAGGCUGCAGUAUGCAAUUAAAAGAAAAUGUCAUAAAAAGACAAUAUUUCUAGAAUUAGCUUUCACUUAUUACAUUAAUUGAAUUAUUCAUGGUAGGCUAAUGAGUACAGAUCCAUCUGUGUCAAACUCUUCAGCACAAAUUCAUUAUUAGGUGUUCCCUUUUUAUCAAGGAGAUGCAGCUCUUACAGAAGAAUCUGUCAAUUUAUAUUUGAUGAAUACAAACACAGAGAACUCUAUAAAAUACUUUGAAUUUGAAGCCUCUAUGAAUGAGUAGUUCUUAUUUAAACAUUUAUUUGCAUUGAGUUUUAAUAAUUAUAUGUGAUGUUGUAAAAGAGGGAGUUAACCUGGUUGUAGUAAAUUGGACAAAUGAUGACUUUGGCAAUUAAAUCAUUAGAUAAAAUCAUGCUUUAUCUUAUAAGCAAAUAUGAUUACAGGACUGUGAUAAAAGUUUGAGUUCUUCUUUAAUGUAAGAUCAAACAACUGAAAACUUACUAAGUUUGAGCUGUGCUUCUCCCUGCAACUUAUUUUACCCUCUUUUACUCCAAGCACCAGAAAAUAGAUCAUAUUAUUUGUAUUAUCCAACUGACUGUGUGAGACUGUCUCUACCUCUGUUUCUUUAAUUCCACUGGUCUUAUAUUAUGGGGAUACAGAUCAAAAAUAGUUUAGCUGAAAUAUGACCAAGUUGAAACAGAUUUUAUUUGCCAAAUACAUGUUCAUGCGUAAGUUAUAGAAGUACUGGUAGACUGGAUUAGCUUUAAAAGGCAGGUUGCAGUACUAAGUCCAAAUAGGAACAGGUUUUAAAUACAUCUGUAGAACUCAACAUAUUCCCUUGGUAAAGAUAAUGCAGAAUACAUUUUACGUGUCAUAUCUAAAAUAAGUCGUUAUGAUAAGUUUGUGAAUUAUCUACUGAAUUACUUACUAAAAAUGCCUUUCUUGGUAAUUACAGGAAUUCUAACACUUCAGUUGUCUUUGCCUUGGACUUUUAUGUCUAAGUAGACACCUAGCGCAAAAUUUUCAAACUAUCCUUAAUAUAUAUCUGCUUUGCUAUCCUUGGUUCUGUAGGAAUACAGACUGGGUACUUAACAUUCUGUGUUUUUACUGGUGCAGCCCUGAUCUUGUAAAAUUUUCUCUAUUUUUUGGAAAAUGUGGUAUUUCUUCAUCAUCUUUAAUGCAUUUACAUUUCUUACGCCCUUGUUUCCUUAUUUUUAUUUCUAAUGAUACAGUGAUAGUGCCUGUUUAUUGAAUGAAAACAGUCUGUCUCUGUCCUGUUCCAAUUGCCUUACUCCGGAGGCUUUCCUUACGCAGAGGCAAGGAUCAGAUUAGAUUAUUUUAAUCUAAUUAGCAGUUUUCAAUUCUGAAAUGCAGCUAAAACAUAACAUUUGCUGUCCCCAGCUUUUGUGAGUAAAUACAUCAGUGAGUGUGUCUGGGUGUAUGCGUGCACGCACGCAGAUACACGCGUCCAUCCAUUUACAUAGGGGGCAAUAGAUUUGACAAAACUGAAAAUCCAUAUCUCAAAAUAUAUUUUCAGGAGUCACAAUUCUGCAGUUGCUGUGUCUCUCCUGUGGUAACGGUACUACAAAUACUGUGAAUCUUUAAUUUGCCUCAGAAGAGAGGAAUAGACAUUCUGGUAUGAAAAGAACCAUGUGAUGAUCUCCAGUAGCAUAUUUUAAUGACCUCUUGUGAAUGCAGUAGGAGAUAUUUCUAAUUGUGCAGAACUUGACUUGAUGUCCCUUCCCAUUGUAAUAAUUUUCCUCUAAAAUCUGUUAGGUUAAAUGAUCAAACCUGAGUUCAAAAAUAUCAACAAAUUCUCUUUUCUGUUGAUCUACUGGACUCCAGGCCAUUGAAAGCAAAUUUGGCCUAUAUAUAGCUAACAUGAGUCAAACCUUCUGCUGUGAAAGAGUGAUUUUCAAAAUUGUGCAAAAUUCUCCAUUUUCAUUUGGGCCUGAGUCUUUGUGGUGUCUCUUCUGCUAUAAUAAAACACCAUUCAUAUGUAGUGCCAUUUUAUAAAGGAAAGCCACUUUCGGACUACUGCUUGGACAGUGUCACUCCAGUGGGACAGGUGGAUAAGUUAAAUAGCUUGAUUCAUUUUUCCAAGGUAGGCACCAUGACAAGACUUUCUGCUUGUCAGUUCUCUGAAAUAGUGUAAUUUAUAAUGCUUCCGAGGCAAUGAGCUGAUGUUUUCAAGAGGUGCAGCGGGCAGCCAGAAAUGUGAAUUAAUUUAGCAUUCCACAUAACAUUAGAACUAAUUGCUCGCUUUCCUGUUUCCUUACGGACUUGUUCUCCGUAUUUGCUUGGACAGUAACAGAAGAUCAAGCAAAUUAACGAGUACAGAACAUGUCCUCUGUGCACAGUGUAUUAGCAUUAGUAAUCCUAGGUUUACUGAAACACUUUUGAAUCAAAAUUUUAGACACUGCAGUACAGCUGUGAUUUCUCCCCAUCAUAUUUAACACAGGUUUUCCAUGAAAAAGGACAUUUGCCCUCAUUCUUCCCUUAUGCAUGUAACUUAGUGUUUUGUAUAAUACCUGUACUUGCUUUUCUAAGACAAGCCUUUAUUGCAAGAUGUUGAUCUUAUUCUUCCUCCAGAACAGUGAAAUUUAAAGCACAAAUAGGCCUGUUGCUAUUUGGGCAGAUAAAUAUGUACAAUGCAAGAUAUAUAAAAUGUGAGUAUACACAAUGCAUAUACAGUGUAUAUUAUAAGAUUCAUAUUAUUUGUGUGUAUGUGUGUGUAUAUAUAUAUAUAUAGCGUAUUGUAUAAUGUAAUAAUAGUGUGUGUAUAUACUAUAUAUGUCCACAUACUAUGUCUAGUAUAUAGUUACUUCUACUGUACAUAAAAUGUGUAUAUACAAUGAGUAUGUAGAAUAUUCAUAUAUAUUCUAUAUAUUAAAGUUUGUGUGUAUGUAUGUAUUCUCUAUACAGAGAUGGAUACAGAAAUGGAAUCUAUACAGAAAUGGAAUUUAGAUCAUGGCUCUUAUAAUUUCAAAGUUCUGGUGAAAGAAAAAAGGAGAAAUUACUACUUCUAAUAAAUUGUUUUUCAAGAAUACUUUCAUUGGCAUGAAAAACUGUGUUCACUAGUUGUGCCAAGGGUAAGAGAGAAACCUGGCAGAAAGUAGGUAUCAUCUCUGCUGGAUAUGAUUUCACAUUGUGUUGAGUUUUUAAAGUGUCUUUUUGAAAUGUCGGCUCAAUUUCUGAUCUUCUCGCGUGUGUUGGUCGUGUGAUGUCAUCUUUUCUUUUUCUCAGGCUGAGGCAAUGAUUUCUCUCUUAGGCCUGCUUGUAGGUUCAGUUCUCUUUUAUCUUUUUUUCCCCCCUUUUUAAAAGUUAUUUUUAAAGAGCUAUUCCCUCCCCUCCACACACAACAGGCGCACACUGAGGUGGAAAACAUAUUUUUCUUGCCUCAUUCCAGUUACAUAGGUUGCAUAUAAUUGUCAUCUGGGUUUCAGCUCUGUUUUUCCUCCAUUCCCACCUAAGCUUUUGCUUCAGCAGGAAUGCCUAUGCCUUGCAUUCUUGGCUUUGAGGAAAGAGCAGAGGUGCUUUGACUUUUUACCUGGAUAAAUUAUUAGACUCUGUGGUACACUGAGCAAUCACAGGAGAGUUUAGUGGACUUUUAUAGUGGCACAUGUGUAUUUUAUACAGAGUACAGUCACUGCUAGAAUGACUCAUGGAAAACCAUGAAUUGCACACAGCACCGAGGCACAACAGUUAAAGCAGGAAAGACGGGCGAUUUUUCACAUUGAACCUCUGCAUGCAAACUCGGCGUGUAGGACACAGGUAUCGGAUUACUUGCAUAUUCCGUUAUAGGCCCGUAUGCUCACAUUCGCCUCAAGUGGUUUCCUGAAGUUAUGCUCAAAAUACCCUUGUUGUAAAGCAUACCAGUCAUUCUGCAAUAAAAACAGAUGCUCAUAAAAGUAGUACUUCUAUAAUACUGCUGUAUGAAAUAUUUUUAUACUGGCAAGCUUUUCCGUACGAAGCCUCUGCCCUCUGAGGAUCCUGCUGUGUUUUGUUCCAUGUAACGCGCUCUCAAAGCGUAGGAAGGUCCAGGCUGUGUCUGACAGUGCGUAGCUUUGCUUUUAAUUCCUGUCUGUGAAAUCUGUCGUCAGAAAUUUUGUAGAAAUUAUUUUGUCAUUUUAUGCUAAAAGAUGACGCACUUUUCUUGGGUUCUUCUUGCAAUCCUUUGGGGGUUACUGUGUCGUCUUUCACCUUUCUCCGUUGAGGAGGGUGUUUGGGCGUUAGGACCCAAGGAAUUUUGGUCCAAAUAGCAUCGUCGUGGUCCCCCGGGCCAGGGCUGGAUUUCUGCGUUCCGUGUUUUAUUCCUCCCUCUCAGGAAUUUCAUUUCUGCUUAAUCCUAAUGCGGAGAAUGAAUUUGGUUAGACUGAUUUGAUCUGUGCUAAUAACGAUCUAGUUCAAAUACCUUUGCCGGUGUAAUAGUUAGGUUUUUUUGUUGUGUGUCAACACUUGCAUCCCUGUGCAGACGUCACAACAAACGUCCUUUUCCCUAGCCAGGAGUUUUGCUUGGAGUACGAUGGAAUCAUAGAGAAUUUAUUUUUAGAGUAAAUAUGUUAACUCUUUAUUAUUCAUUGACACAUUUGUUUUAUCAGUUGAUAUACUGCUCUUUUUACUUGAAAGUUUUAUAAAUAAAGGCUAAUUUGUUAUAAAGUGGGAUUUUCGUUUUUCCAACUUCUGCCUUCCCCUUUAAUUUUAACUUUAAGAGGAAAACUCGUAGUGAACAUGGUUCCUUCUGCUGUUACAGUGAUACAGGGCGUUUCUCAGUGUCCCUUUUAAUAUGACUUUCCUUAGUCUGACCUUAAAAAGGUGGAAACGUAAAGUGGAAGCUGCAAUGUUGACCUGAAUUUGACUAAUAUCUCCAAAUAUGUACAUUAUUGUAGUUAUAUUUAUCUUUCAGAUAUCGUAACAAAUUGAAAGAAAGGUAUUUUAAUUUUAACCCAUCUCAUGUGUUUAUUGUUUAAUAAGAGAAAUGUUAUUGUUUAAUAUAAUAAAUGAAAAGUUACUUUUUGGA